AUGAAUAGGCUUAAAAACUCGUUUGAAGCCUCUUUAAUUUUUGUUCGAAGGCACUUGUUAUACUCUUCUGGAGAUUCUAACCACUGGGUGGUUAUUUUAUCGCCUCAGAGUAUGAAGGAACUUCGGAUACUUCACGAUUUGCCCCUAGUAAUGAGCACAGAGGAAGGCUUGAGGGCCUUUGUACGAGUACACAGCUCUGCAGAGUACGGCCUAGAAUUCUCUUCUAUUUCACACCCAAAAUCCAUAAUUACCGAGGAGCUGGCUAAAUCUUUAAAUCUAAAGUUUGAUGUGAAGACAACCGUCAUGUUUUCACAGGCCACUGAUAUAUAUAACGCUUCAAAACUGUGUUUAAAGUUUAUGGAAUCUUAUGAUCAUAGAGAUAAUCUUUGGAAGUUCCAUACUAGUUCAAACGAUAGUUGUAUGGAAGAUAAUUCUGUGAAGAGUAACCCCUUGGAUAGAAAACUCGGUAAUUUUAAGAGUGAUAGCAUAUUUGAAGAAUUUAGUAAAAAGUGUAAUAUAAAAACAAAUGAAGCAAAUGUAUCUGCUAAUAUGUGUAAUAAUGUGUUAAAUUGGUAUAAUAUAACAGAUAAUUCAAAAUUGUAUCCCCCUGUAGAAUGGUAUAACUCAUUAAUGAAUAAAGAGUUCAACCAGGUUGUAAAAUCGAGUCUAUUAGGUUCAGUUUUAUUUCAAAAUAACAUAAUUUCCCUCAAUUUAAACGGGUAUUUGUCCAGAUUUUUUGUUUACUCCAUUAAUAAAUCGAGUAAUACUACUCGUAAUACUGUGAGCAUCGACUCAGCUAAUCGCAAUAUACCAUUAAGUGUAAAUAAUGAAACUGAAAUAGAAGUAAUAAUAAGUGAAAAAGCUAUUACAGGACUUAAAUUUGAUAGUGAGCCAAGUGAUAGUAAUGAUGAGAAAAGUAAUAUAAUAAGUGGAAUGGAUGAAAUCAUUGAAAUGUUUAAAACACACGUAAUAAUGCCAUUACUUUUGGAUUUAGAUGUUGGACACCCUUCAGGAGUAUUAUUAUAUGGACCACCAGGAUGUGGGAAGACGUUAUUGGCACGUAGAAUCUCCACAAAUUAUAAAAAAUUGUUUAAUUUGUGCAGUUAUAAAGAUAAAAUGAGCUCAAACUGUACUGAGAUGAAGGUAAGAUUGGUGCAAUCAACUGACUUGAUAAGUGAGUUUAUGGGCAAAACUGAGCGCAAUAUAACUGAGCUAUUCCAUUCACUUAGAGAAGACUCAAAGACUAGCAAAGUACUUUGUUUCAUUGAUGAGAUUGAUGUCUUGUGCGUGAAUAGAGAAAGUAGCGGUUCAGAUAUGCAGGCGAGACGAGUUCUGACCACGUUCCUGAACAAUAUGGACGGGGUUAACGCCGGCAACAACAAAUUUGUUAUAGUAGGUAUGACUAACUAUUUGGAGAAUAUUGACAACGCAAUGCGUCGUCCAGGAAGAUUCGAUCUCGAGAUAGAAGUGCCAGUGCCGAACGCAAAAAACAGGCUUCAAAUUCUAAAACAUCUGCUCAACUCAGUUGAACACACAAUAACCAACGAACAGUUGAACCAAAUCAACGACUUUUGCCAAGCUUUUGUAGGUGCAGACCUUAAAUUAUUGUUGACAAAUUCUACGCACUGCAAGAUUAAUAGAUUAAAUAAUUCCAAUAAUACAAGUGAUGAUGUUAGUAUUUCUGAUACCGUUAAGGCGCCUGAAAACGUUGAUAAUCAAAUUGAUAAAUCUUUAACGUAUGAAGAUAUGAUGAACGGAUUGAAGGUAACACGUCCAUCGGCUAUGCGUGAGUUGUAUGUCGAGGUUCCAGAAGUAAGGUGGGAUGACAUUGGCGGGUACGAGGACCUUAAGAGCGUUAUUAAGCAGUGCGUCGAGUACCCGAGAAAGUUUUCAAACCUCUAUCAGAAAUUACAAAUUCAAGUUCCCAAGGGGAUUUUAUUAUAUGGACCACCAGGUAUGGGUUACGGGUGUUCAAAGACGUUGAUGGCUAAGGCGAUUUGUACCGAGAGCCACAUGAACUUUAUUUCAGUUAGAGGACCUGAAAUAUUCGAUAAAUACGUAGGUGAAAGCGAAAGGAGGUUGAGAAGACUGUUUAGUAAGGCUCGUUUGAACAGUCCCUGUGUGAUAUUCUUUGACGAGAUUGAUUCAAUAUGUUGCGACGAUUCAAGUUCUGUGAGCAAGAGAGUCUUGAGCACCCUGCUUAACGAACUCGAUGGAGUUAGCGCUCUCAAACACGUUUUGGUAGUUGCCGCCACAAACCGACCUCAAGACCUCAACAGAUCCUUGCUUAGACCUGGCCGGUUUGAUCGUCUGAUCUACGUUCCCCUGCCAGACUUUGAUGCCCGAAAGGCCAUAUUUCACCUAAAUCUUAUGAAGGUCAAACUUGAUUUUGAUUUGGAAGAAGCCGCUGAAAGUCUGGCUAAACUAACCGAAGGUUAUUCUGGAGCAGAAGUAGUAAACAUCUGUAAACAAGCGUCAUUAUAUUUACUUAAUGACAUAAUUAACUCAAGCCCACUGAAAUGCCUGGACGAAGUUAUUCCGUUGUCGUACAGCUACCUGGAGAAGGCGCUGAAGAAUUCAAAACCAAUGACAUCGCUUGAGUUGAUUUCAUUCUACGAAGAAUACCAAAAUCUUACCCACUUUUAA